GAAUUAUAAAGACCUCGGUUGAACCUAGAGAUAAGAAAUAUCUAAUUUGGUGUAAAUGUAUAGAGCCAUUUCAAAAUUAUUUCACGAUAUUUGAGAAAACAAGAUGUUGAGGAUAUGUUGUAUGAUACUGUUGUGCUAUGUAAGAGGAACUAAUACGGCACAGGCAGAUUGUAAAGUUUCUUCCUAUGGCACUCACUUUGUUUUUGGGUUUUUCGACUUGCCCUACAUCAACCGGUCAGAUAGGAGUGUGUCGAGGCCAGACCUAAGUAUAUUAGCGUCAUCAAGAUCGGGUACAGAUAUUCACAUCUCCCUUCAAAGCAAAAACACGGAUUCCGCGAGCAAAACCCCCACUGAAGUUACAACUACCUAUUAUGUUUACCAAAACAAGGAAAUAUCCUUUAAUUCUUCAUUCAUCAACCAGUAUCGUAACAAAUCUACAGGAGGUGUCAUUAAGAUAACGUCCGACAGCCCAAUUUCGUUAAUGGCCCUGUAUAAGUUUGCUGACACUAAUAAUAACCAUAUAAAGAUCCAUCCCAUCCUACCUACAAACGCUUUGUCGUCAUCCUACGUCAUACCUUCCUACGAAGGAAACACCAAUUAUCACAGCAAAAAUAAAUUUAUGCUUGUUGGUCUCAACGACUCGACGAGCGUUCGAUUUGAAGGUUAUGAGACCGGUUCGAUGGUAUAUACGGUGGACCGUAACAAAGUUUUUAUGUAUGAAAGGGAAGUCGAUUUUAGCAGCACUACAGCCGAAAGCAAUCAUCCAGUGGCCAUAUAUUCUUAUAUUACGAUUGGACAGGUUACAACUAUGCCCAGUAAUAGCUAUGAUCGUUCACUGACCAUGCAGGUACCUCCAUUGGAUCAGAACGCUGUGCAUUUCGUCGUUCCAUCGCUACCUGGUGGUUCCGUUGAUAGGUACAAAGUUCGUAUUUACGCUUCUUCCCAGAAUGCAGUUGUACAGAUUCACUCAACUUCCGCUCACACAGAAACUGUGCAUGUGUACCAUAAAAUCUUCUAUGAACUGGAUGCAGAUGGUUCGGAUAUACUUGAAAUAUUGUCAGACUCUCCUUUAGUGGUCGUGCAGAUAGCUCUGAAUAGUUAUCGACAAGCAUUGUUCAUGACAGAAAUUCCCGCGGUGUCACAGUAUUUGAAUUCAUACUACGUCGGAUUCCCUUCCGGAAUAUUCCCUGCUUCGCCCAGUACAAAAAUAAUUAUAACUAUUCCGUCCAAAGAAGUAUCCGGACUGCUUAUCGACCGGAAACCGAUCAUUCACAAUUCAAGUCAGCUUAAAAAGUCACCGCUCGGAAACUUCACUAUUCUCACAAGAUCAGCUAGUUCGACGGUUUCCGUGACGCAUGCAGGAUCUGAACACUUUGGAGUCCUCGCUCUAGGUCAAUGGCAAACAGAUAUUAAUCAUGGUUUUGGUUCCACACAUGUAUAUGAAGCGUAUGGCUUCCAAGCUGGAAUGCAAUUCACAAAACCAGGUUGUGGGUCUGUCAGUCCUUCUGGUCAGGUUGUAGGCUAAAAAGGAACGGUCAGCUAUCCAUGGAUGAAAGGGGACAUGUUACUUCAAUUGAACAGAAUUUUGACAAACCUAUGUCCUUUAAUAAAAUAAAGAUUGAAUCUGGAAAUUAA